AUUAAAUUCCAUUUUGCCGCUUUUAUCACCGCUUGUUGUGACUAGUUCUGAGUUUCUGACGCUAGAACUCGUAACACCGGUCGCGCCAGAGAGGGAUCUGGCGUGACUGCAUGAGGCCGCCUCAUUGAGGCGUCGGCGUGACUGGCGUGAGCAGAGAGGAUCCUUCUCAUCCUUCUCUGGCGUGACUGGCGUGAGUGCCGUGAGUCCCGCGACGACGGCGCCAGGCGCGGCUGUUGAUCGCGUUAACCUCGCGGUGAUCGGUUUACGUUUACGUCGCGUUGCUCCUAGUUGCGUUUCUAACCUCAAACCAUCUCAAGCCAUGGGUGAUUCUGAACAGGACCCGGGUGAUCGGAUCGACGGCGACAGUCAGAAGAACGAUAAAAUGUUCACUCUGAAGAAGUGGAACGCCGUGGCCAUGUGGAGCUGGGACGUCGAGUGUGACACAUGUGCCAUUUGCAGAGUGCAGGUUAUGGAUGCCUGUUUACGGUGCCAGGCGGAAAGUAAGAAAGAGGUUUACGGCCGACAGGACUGUGUGGUUGUUUGGGGCGAGUGCAAUCACUCGUUCCAUUACUGCUGCAUGUCACUUUGGGUCAAACAGAACAACCGUUGCCCAUUGUGCCAGCAGGAGUGGUCCAUCCAACGAAUGGGGAAGUAAUCCUUGUGUACGCCAGCCACUAAUUUCAUCGCAGCCUUUAAUUUUUUCUCGCGAUUAAUCGGAAUGAAUUAGCGUUAUGUAAAUUGAAACUAUUACUCGUUAUAAUGCCUCCUAACGAGUUUUGAAUUUAUUUUCUUUUUCGGAGAUUUUUCAAAGGAGUCAAAGUGAAGAAGCCGAUUUUUCAGGCAAGGAUUAUUUUAUUAUAACAUAUAAUUAAUAAAUAUUAUACUUGUAUAUAAAAUACGUGAAUUUUGAGAUGACUUGCAGAUUA